AUGAACGGCCACAGCAACGGAGACAUGAACGGAGCUGGUGACAUCAUCACCCAGAACCAACAGCGCGGCUGGUGGACCAUCGGGCUCAUCAACUCGCGUUACCGCUACCUCACCGCCGAGACAUUCGGCUUCAAGAUCAACGCCAAUGGCACCAGCCUUAAGAAGAAGCAGAUCUGGACUCUGGAGCCUGCUUCAGGAAAUGCUAACGACAGCAUGAUCUACCUGAGGUCUCACCUCGACAAGUACCUGGCCGUGGACUCCUUCGGAAACGUCACAUGCGAGUCUGAAGAGAAAGAGCCCGGCAGCAAGUUCCAUAUCAGCGUAUCAGAUGACAACAGCGGACGCUGGGCGCUCCGCAACGUUGAACGUGGCUACUACCUUGGUUCCAGCGCCGACAAACUGGCCUGCACUGCUAAAACCCUCAGCGACGCUGAAUUGUGGCAUGUACAUCUCGCUGCCAGGCCCCAGGUUAACCUCAGGUCCAUCGGCCGCAAGCGUUUCGCGCAUCUGUCUGAAUCACUGGACGAGAUCCACGUGGACGCCAACGUGCCCUGGGGUGAAGACACCCUGUUCACCUUGGAGUUCAGAGUUGAUGAAGGCGGAAAGUACGCGCUCCACACUUGCAAUAAUAAAUACUUGAGCGCUGGUGGAAAGCUCCAGGAAGAGUGCACAUCAACGUGCCUCUUUAGCGCGGAAUACCACGCGGGCGCGUUGGCUCUCCGCGACGGCUCUGGUGCGUACCUCGCACCCAUCGGCUCCAAGGCGGUGCUGAAGACACGCUCCACAGCUGUUACGAGGGAUGAGCUGUUCUCGCUGGAGGACAGUCUACCACAGGCUGCAUUUGUGGCUGCACUCAACGACAAAUACGUGUCGGUUAAACAAGGUGUGGACGUAACAGCCAACCAAGAUGAGAUUUCGUCCCACGAGACGUUCCAACUGGAGUUCGACUGGGCCACCAAGCGCUGGUACAUUCGUACCAUGCAGGACCGCUACUGGACCCUAGAGGCGGGCCAUGGCAUCCAGGCGAGCAGUGAUAACAAAUCCUCGAACGCCCUGUUCGAGCUGGAGUGGCAGGGCGAUGGUGCCGUGGCGUUCCGUGCCAACAACGGCAAGUACCUGAUGACCAAGCGUUCCGGACACCUGUACGCAAAUGCGGACACCAUCGACGACAACUGCAAAUACUACUUCUACCUGAUCAACAGGCCAAUCCUAGUGCUGAAAUGUGAGCAAGGUUUCGUGGGCCCUAAGGGCGUACGAAUGGAGUGCAACAAGGCCAACUACCAAACCAUACAGGUCAUCCGCGGACCCAAGGGAGCCGUUUACUUCAAAGGACAAAACGGUAAAUACUGGUACGCGGACAACGAAAAGGUGACCUGCGACAGUGAUACGCCUCAGGGCUUCCACCUGGAGCUGCGCGAGCCCACGCGCCUCGCCAUCCGCGCCGCCGCGGAGAAGCAGUACCUCGCCGCCGCCAAGAACGGCAACUUCCGUCUGGUGGGGCCCGACCUAGCGCACGCCACGCAGUGGGAGUACUAA